AAAAUGUUGCGGAGUGCUGACGAUCGUCCGCAGCCAGCAAGGAGCCCUGGCGCUCCAGUUUCAGCAAAUGCAAUGGCGUCGAUAGCAGCCCCUGUGCUCUUCUCCUUGAUCGCCUUACACGGUUUGGCUGCCUGCCGCGGUCAGUGCAGCAACGUGACGCAGCUGUCCCUAGCGCUGGACACGCUGCUGGCUUCGUACGACCGCGAGCGCGCGCCGGUUACGCCGCUCGCGGUCGCCGCGGUGCUGGACGUCCGUCACGCCGCUGUCGACGACCGUGCCUCCACAGUGCGCCUGCUCGCAGACCUCCGGCUGUUCUGGCAGGACGAGCGCGUGAAGUGGAACGUUACGGAGUGGGGCUGCGACAGCGCCCUGGUGGCGGCUGAGCAACUGUGGUUGCCUGACGUCACUCUGCUGAAUGCGGCCGCCAGCGGCGACGCAGGAGACGCGUCGCUGCGCGCGCGUCUGAACGCGUCGGGCGCGGUGGAGUGGGUCGUGAGGCUGGACGCGCGCGCGCCCCUGGACAUGGCUCUUGAGCGCUGGCCCAAUGACGAGCAGAGUGUCUCCUUCAUGUUCACCUCUAAGUCGCACACCUUGGAAGAACUUGACCUCACUCUUAAACCUUUACCGUUGACGGCAGUUUACCAAACGGGUGCGUGGGAGUUGUUAUCAGUGGCGCGAUCCACCGCGGUGUGGCAGGAAGCGGCGGGCGCGCGCCGGCGCGUGCUGACCUGGCAGUUGCUCCUGCGCCGGCGCGCCGCGGGAGCCGCACACGCAGCCUGCGCCGUGCUGUGCGCCGCAGUGUUCUUACUGCUCACCGCUGGUCUCCUGCCACCUAAACAUCGAGCGCCCAUCGCUGUGACAGCUGCUUUGACUGCUGCAUUCGCAUUGGUGACCUGGACAUUGCGCCUUCCGCCAUCAUCAUCUUGCCCACUGGUGCUGCGCGCGGCGGCCGCGGUGUGCGUCUGCGCAACCGUGGCAUGCGUCGGCGCAGCGCUCGUGCAACGAGUGUCGCUGCGAACCGCGCCACCGCCGAGAUUACUCUGCACAUUGCUCUCUAGAGUCUCUACCUUAUGUAGGCUUACUUCCCAUCAGGAGAGUGAGUCAGUGUCGGGCGAUGGCGGGGCGGGCAGCGGAGCGUGGCGCGCCGCCGCUCUGCUGCUGGACCGAGCGCUGUUGACCGUGCUACUGCUCACGUUGCUCGUCGCGCUCGCUUGCUCGCUCGCCAUCCUACUCUAGUCUGAAAUAGCUUUAGGAUCCACUCCCGUGCCACAUUUUAAUGAGAUUCAUAAAGGUUAUUCGACGGCCUUGAUACAGGCGUACACCCUGUCAAAACGUGAUUUUUUUCCAUUGCAAUGCCAAAUAUGGUCAAGGUCAAGAUUAGUUGAUAGACACCCAAAUGUGACCAGUCAACUCAUUCAUUUUCAUCAUCUUCUUCACAAGCUGUAACAGUAUUGACAUUGCAGUCAGGAUUGUCAAAUAAUAAGAGAGACGUAAUCUGUAUUAAUUAAUUUUAUUUUCCGAAAAUCUAGGGCCCAACGCGUCAUAUGGUCCAUUGAGAGCGGCCCCCAUUCCGCUCCUCUUAACCCCCACGAUUGCCCUGCAUUCAAAAUUCGACUGUAGGAACCAAGUAGCUACCGACCUACGAAAGGACACGUCCAUUGCAUGGAGAUUUGGAAGGAAGUAGACAUGUAUGAUAUCAAUGAAAUAUCAGGAAAACCUCAAAGGGUUAUAAGAUCCUCCGUUAUUUCAAAUCAUUGGUUUUAUUAUUUCCCCUGCGAUAUCAUAACAGCACGUCCCAACUUGCGACUGAAAUUAAUUUGAUACGGUUUUAGAGAAACCAUUGUUUGUUAUUAUUUUAUAGCCAUAUCUACCUAGUGUCCAAUAAAAUUUUCGUUUUAUUGUGUAAUUAAGUCAUAAACAUAGCUAGGUCUGGAGAUAUUUCAUGUUUUGCAAGAGGUGUACGUUUGUAAAUAAUAUUGUUGAUAAAUUACUACUUAUUUUAGGGGCUUUCUCCCCGUAGACUAGCGCCACCUCACAUUUUUGUUAAUUUCUUUUAUUUCUUAGCAAAAAUUUAAAAAAUAUUUUAACAGAUAAUGCCAAAUGAUAGAUAAAUAAUUUUAGUAAAAGUAUUAUAGUUUUCCAUUACACGAUGUAGUCAGUUUGCUAAAUGGAAAAAGAUGGCCACUAAAUUUUUUUUAGAAUACUGUGACCAGAUUUUAUUGUAGAAAACUAUUACGCAUGUGACAUAAUCCGUAAUAGUAGGUGAUGGGAGUAAGCGCCUUAAUAACUCGAACAGCCUAAUAAAACAAAAUAUUAA